GAGCAGUAACACUCUUUCGAAGAAGAAGACAGCAGGUGCCUGAGUUAACGCCGCUACUUUGCUGUGUGUUAGUGUAAUUUCGGACCAAAUAACAGGCUAGGAUGGCACAGUGGGGUGCCAUAUUCUCUAUAAUUGCUGCUCUGGGAGGAGCGGGGCUUCUAGCCUCUGUGCACAAGAUCGAUGAGGGACACACUGGAGUUUACUACAGGGGAGGGGCUCUCCUGACCACCACCAGCGGCCCUGGUUUCCAUCUUAUGCUUCCAUUCAUCACCACCUACAAGCCUGUUCAGACGACGCUGCAGACAGAUGAAGUAAAGAAUGUACCGUGUGGCACAAGUGGAGGAGUGAUGAUUUACUUUGAUCGCAUAGAAGUGGUCAACUACCUCGUUCCUUCAGCAGUCUACGACAUAGUGAGGAACUUUACUGCAGACUACGACAAAGCUUUGAUAUUCAACAAGGUUCACCAUGAGCUCAACCAGUUCUGCAGUGUUCACUCACUGCAGGAAGUCUACAUUGGCUUGUUUGACCAAAUCGAUGAAAACCUGAAGCUAACGUUACAAGAGGAUCUAACAGGCAUGGCACCUGGACUCAUCAUACAGGCGGUCCGUGUCACAAAACCCAACAUCCCAGAGAGCAUUCGCAGGAACUACGAGCUCAUGGAGAGCGAGAAGACAAAGCUGCUGAUUUCGCAACAGACACAGAAGGUCGUGGAGAAGGAGGCGGAGACAGAAAGGAUCAAAGCCGUGAUAGAGGCUGAGAAAGUGGCACAAGUGGCAGAGAUCAAGUUUGGACAAAAAGUCAUGGAGAAGGAGACUGAGAAAAGGAUCUCUGAAAUUGAAGACGGCGCCUAUCUGGCCCGACAGAAAGCCAGGGCAGAUGCAGAGUUCUAUGCAGCACAGAGAGCUGCUGAGUCCAAUAAGGUGAAGUUAACACCAGAGUACCUGCAGCUCAUGAAGUACAAAGCCAUCGCAUCCAACAGCAAAAUCUACUUCGGGAGCGACAUCCCCCAGAUGUUUGUGGACUCUGCAGGCACCUCUAUCAAGGCCUCCGCAGCCGUGGAGAUUAUGGAGGAGCAGAUCCUGGACCUGGAUUAGCAAGGGAAGGUAGCGGGACUCACAGGGACCACCCAGGGGUGGAGGACUAGCUGCUGGAGGGCACAGACCUACAAGGCGGGGAGGUUCUCCCUCUGGCCCCCAGAAGACCUCUGCUGACCAGGGCCCGUAUUUGUCAAACAUCUCAGAACCACAGCUAGACAUCAAAGUUUGACUAGGAUGAACAGGAUUCUUUUUCCUUCUUCUGUUCUGAUAGCAAAUGAUCACAAUCUAGACUCAGAAUGGUAAAUUAGGUGAAUGAGGAAAUAGAUAAAAUAGCAUCACCUGUGGGUUUAUGAUAAGCUCCUUACAUGCAAGUUAAUAGUAAAUGAUCAUUUUGUCAUAAAGAUAGUUGAGGCGAGGGGUUAAAAUUCAUCAAGGAUUACAAACCUUAUAAUAAUAAUUACAGUAUGUGUGAUACUGUGGUUAUCAGCGUUGAGAAUGAUCAUACACCACGUGGAGCUGUGAUACUUGCAACAAACAGCCUCACACACAUUAUUGAAUAUGCAUAAAGUUGUAAUCCUGAAGAUUUUGGUCCUGGUUGAUUGGGGGACACUGGUGUUAACAUCGAGUACAUGUCCCAGAAUUCUGUGGGUAGGAGAAACUUGCUGAGCAGCUACUUUGUCCAAAAUACAACAAAGAAUCUGUUUACAGUGCAGCUAAACAAUCUCAUGUUCUUUAAAUAAAGAUGCCCCUCAGUAAUUGUCCUUUUUUCCAUCACGACAUGAGCGACCAUGAGUUGGAGGAAUAGCAGCUGCUUUUUUUUUUUUCUUUUUUUGUCGUUUUUGCAGCUCUUCAUCUCACUGCUCGCUGGUCCAUCACUCCCUGCAAGAUUUAAACCUGAUCCGCUGUCAUUAAAAGCCCAAAAUGAAUUGUUUUGUUGAAGCGUUUUUCAAGAUUGAUUGCGCUAAGGGUUAACCUCUGCGUCAAAUGCUUGCAUUUCCUGUAUUGGUACACAAUAAAAGCCUACCCCAGGCCAGCUGAACUCUUUUAGUUUGAAAAAGGAGCAGUAGAACAGAAAUGUUUAAUUUAUCACAGCUCUGAUGCAGCAUUAAGAGCGCCAGUAGAAAGUAAACAAUGAAAUCAAAUCAUAAACUGUAACACUUGAUUACAUGCUGCACUGUUUCCUGCGAAUCCCUUAACCCUCCCGCUAAAAAUUAAACUGCUUUCUAAAGUUGUGAUUACAGAAUAUAAAUAUAUUUAAUAGCUAUUGCUGAAAAAAAUCAGAUCAUGAUUAGUGUCAAAAACAGGCUUUGAUUUUAUGAAAAUCUUUAGGAUUAGACCUUGCAAUAAAUGAAUGAAUUAAUAAAAUAAUAAUAUCAAAAUAAAAUAAUUGAAUCCCAGUCCUGAGCAACCCAAAUGAUGUUUAUUUAAUCUGUGGUAAAUAUUGUUAAUAGCGUUAACUAUUCCCUGAGCUUUCCACUGAAUCUCACUGCUCUGUGAAUAGUUAAGCAAGUGGACAUUGUGUUUAGAAAAUAUCCCCUUUCAGAUUCUGUGUGUGUCCCCAAUAUCAACAGGGCGUCUCCAUGACCAUGGCCUUUUGUGUGUUGCCCUGGUUAGUUAAACCUGAGUACAACAGCUGAUUUUUCUGUGAAGCUGGCUAAGUGUUGUGAAUGAGGUAGCUGCUUCACAGAAAACAUCUUUUUAGUUUUACAUUUCCAAAAGUCCAGCCAGGGCUGCUCUGAAGCUCUCCGCAUCUCCUUUUCUAAAUCUGUGAGACGGAAGACUGACUUCACAUGAACAAAAAAAAAAAAAUGAAAUAAAGCUUUAAUCCUCCUCUGCAUGAACGAAGGACCAAACAUCUAUUACUCUGUGAAUGGUGGACCACGGUUUCUAACUCUGAACUGCUUGAAAAAUACGGGCCCUGACCAAAAAAUGUCACUGUAGACAAAACACAGGAAUGAUGAAUGUACUGUGCUGUAGCUGCUGGCUGUCAGAUGAAAUAUCGUCCACUUCGUUUUGUUUAUGUAAAGUUUGUUUUUGAGCGCAGGGGGAAUGGGACGUAUUUGUGUGCAACUGUGUGAUGUUUGCAAGACAUUUGGUUGUGUGUGCAGUUUGUAUGUAUGUAGCAUUUGUUCUCCCACUGUAUUAUGUUUAGUGCUCAGAGACUUUAUUUUGUGCGACUUGUUUGUUUUGACUGUUUUCUAAGCCAAGAAAAGAUCAUGAUGGGACGGGGGGUCGUCGCUUUUGUAAACCACUUUUCAUUUCUGCAGACGUACAGCAUCGACUUUUGAUAGUUUUCUGCAGUUUUUUUUUAAUAACUUUGUGUAAACAUUUCAUGUAUAUCUGGUUAUAAAAUCUAUUGUAUUUACACAAAUGUAUUGAACGCUGUAGUGUAUCGCCUUCGAGUCUUUGGUAACAGUCCAAAUGAAUCCUUGAGAUGGGUACAUCAUUAUCCCAUAUAAAAACAUUACUCGGAGUUUGGGAAGCAGCUCUGCUCUGUCAUUAGUGCUGUGAUGACUCAUACUGGGGCAUUUGUUUAACAGGGUCUUAACAAGAAGGGUUAAGGAGUAAGAGGUCGUAGGAAUUACAAUAUACAGGCUGUCUUAACCAUAGAAAGCAGUUGUAAAGAGCACCUGAUCUGUAGAAAUAUCAUUCUCUAUAUGUAAAUGUGUCCACAAGUGAAGCCUCUGAACCUUUUUUUUUUUAUAGAAAUCAUGUCUCCAUCAGGACCACUGACUAACAUAUGUCAUUUAUCGUCAAUGACUAUGUCUAAUUUCCACUUUGGCAACAUAAGGGUUUUCCAAAGAACCAUUGCUCAUCAUAUCUUGACUCAUUCCUUGAUCUUUGUUGAUAAAGGCAAAGAUAAUACGUAAUUUGGUUUGUAUGUUUAAGCACUGAUUCAGGGAGCUGUAGUACGAAGCUGAUUGGCUUUUAUCUUUUGAAUGGAAGUCUACUGCCAUUUCCUGUCUUUCGUUCAAACUAUGAUCACGCUGUGUUAUUUUCACUGCUCUCUGACGCUCCUCCUGUUAGGGGUGAAAGUGACUUGCAGUGAUUUUAAUUUGAAUAUUGAUUUUUGUAGAUGGAUUAAGAUGCUCAGUGGCUUGAAAAAGGCGAACGCUUUUGCACUGAUUUCAGUUGUGAAUGUGCAAUCAAAACUAUUGUCGUCGUGACAAUAAAGUACUGUGGGUUGUUCUUUGAGAAAUUGAUGUCAUUGAGAUUUUGUAUUUACGAUGAAAGUCUUAACAUGUAUAGGUUGUUUCUUCUUAAUUAAAGCGUGUUU